CUGAGUCUUUAAGCCACAAAAAAUAUAGCUCCGCGGAUUAAGCUCCCAUUUCAAGCUGUGAUACACCUCUCUCUUUUCCUCGUGUGAUCUACGUAGACCAAAAUGAGUAACCUACGGUUGCAGAAGCGCUUAGCCGCAAGCGUGAUGAGCUGCGGCAAGAACAAGGUCUGGCUGGAUCCCAACGAAAUCAACGAGAUCGCCAACGCCAACUCAAGGCAGAACAUCCGCAAGCUCAUCAAGGAUGGUCUGAUUAUCCGCAAGCCAGUUGCUGUACAUUCCAGGGCCAGGGUUCGCAAGAAUGCCGAGGCUCGUAGGAAAGGUCGACACAGUGGACGUGGUAAGCGCAAGGGUACAGCCAAUGCUCGUAUGCCAACGAAAGUGAUCUGGAUCAGGCGGAUGCGAGUCCUUAGGAGGCUACUCAAGAAGUACAGGGAGAACAAGAAGAUCGACAGGCAUCUGUACCACGAGCUGUACAUGAAGGUCAAGGGUAAUGUCUUCAAGAACAAGCGUGUUCUCAUGGAGUUCAUCCACAAGAAGAAGGCAGAGAACCAACGUGGCAAGAUGCUUGCCGAGCAGGCCGAGGCCAGGCGAACAAGGACUAAGGAGGCCCGCAAGCGCCGUGAGGAACGUCUCGCCGUGAAACGCCAAGAGUUACUCAAGAGCUUCAUCCGUGAAGACGAGGAGGCACCCUCAAAAUAGAUACACGAUUUGUAAAUGAUUUGGAAAAAACGAAAAUCCGCAAGGAGACAAAGCCAUGUGCAAUUUGUUUCCAUGUUUAAUCCAGGGUCAAUCCCCAUCAGCUAUUCAUCCAAAGUCUAGCUGUCCUUAAUAUGCUCAUUGAAAAUAUCACCAUCAAGAAAAUCAUGAUUUUUAUUAUUUAAUGAACUCAAGAUCUCUUUACAAGGACAAUUUGCAGCUAGCUAACAUUGUUACUAUAAGUAAAUAUGGAAUGAUAUAACAUAUACAUGUAUUUAUGGAAACUAACGCUACAUUUUUGUUUGAUGAUUAUAGCCCUGUAUAUUAUGUGCACAAAAUUGAUUCUGUGAUCUGGGAAUAAAUGUGUGGUAUUGCCUCUUGCACCCAAA